AAUGAGAGAGAGAGAGAGUCAUUGGUGAGGUGUUGGUGAGAGAUUAGAGACACUCUGAACAUCUGAAACACAGAGAGAUGACCACAGCAUUGGCGGAGAUUACUGGAUCAUCACUGGAUCAUCACUAGGGACCAUUAAUAAAACAUUUUGUUGCUAGCAAAGGACUCUAAUCUCGUAGAUAAAAAGCCUUUUAAUAAAUGUUUGCUGUACAUGUGUGACAUUAAAGAUGAGAAACUCGCUGGACAGUAAGGAUCCUUAUUGUUGUCUUGGACAGGAUGACUUUCCUUCAGAGGAACCUUUGAGGAACUGAUAUGAAAUCAUGAUUUAGUUCAACUCGAGACUUUGCUUUCUCUCAUAUUUAAGUGCAUGAACAAGUCAACGCAGGGGAGAGAAAAGGCAUCCUGAACACAGAUCAAUCCAGAGCUACUUUGGUCCUCUUUCCCACUUACUGAUUGGUUCUGGCCGGGCAGACUGGCAUGAGCGUGGGCAGGCCCCACCGUUACAACAUUGUGUCAUCGUCAGAGGAGGACGUGUUUCGCCACGGCAACAUGCCCGCCCUCGGAAAUGGCUUUGGCAAUGGCAAAAUCCAGACGCGGCGAAAGCCGCGAUGCCGGUUCGUCAACAAGACGGGCCAGUGCAACAUUAGUUUCGCCCAUAUGGACGAGCAAUCCCAGCGCUACCUCGCUGACAUUUUUACCACCUGUGUGGACAGUCGGUGGCGCUGGAUGUUUCUUCUUUUCUCCCUUGCGUUUGUCAUGUCCUGGCUUGGGUUUGGUUUCAUCUUCUGGCUCAUUGCUUAUGUCCACGGUGACCUAGACCGACCUGCUGGAGAUGACUUUAUACCAUGCGUCAUGCAGGUCAACAGCUUUGUGGCAGCAUUCCUGUUCUCCAUCGAGACACAAACCACGAUCGGCUAUGGAUUCCGCUGCGUGACCGAAGAGUGUCCGCUAGCCGUGUUCACUGUCGUCUUCCAGUCCAUAGUGGGCUGCAUCAUUGAUGCGUUUAUGAUCGGUGCCAUCAUGGCCAAAAUGGCACGGCCUAAGAAACGUGCAGAGACGAUACUGUUUUCACACAACGCCGUCAUCGCUAUGCGUGAUGGGAAGCUAUGCCUGAUGUGGCGGGUCGGAAACUUGAGGAAAAGUCACAUCGUGGAGGCUCACGUGCGGGCACAACUUAUCAAGCCUCGAAUUACGGAGGAGGGAGAGUACAUCCCGUUCGAUCAGAUCGAUAUAAACGUGGGUUAUGACCUAGGUCUCGAUCGCAUCUUCUUAGUUGCUCCCUUAACUAUCCUCCAUGAGAUAAAUGAGGACAGUCCAUUGUAUGGAAUCAGCAAGCAGGAACUGGAAACAUCUGAUUUCGAGAUCGUGGUGAUACUAGAAGGUAUGGUUGAAGCGACCGCAAUGACAGCUCAGGUGCGAAGCUCUUACCUUGCCAGUGAGAUCUUAUGGGGCCAUCGCUUCGAGCCAGUGGUUUUUGAGGAACGGAGCCAAUAUAAGGUGGACUACUCGCACUUUCAUAAGACGUACCAGGUGCCCUCAACGCCACACUGCAGCGCCAAAGACAUGGAGGAGAACAAGUCGCUAGAGUCAGCUGCCAACUUUUGUUAUGAGAAUGAAUUGGCCUUCAUCAGCAGAGAUGAAGAGGAGCAAGAGGACGAAAGUGCUGAGAGGGGAACUGAGCUAGAGACUCUAUCUGCCAAUCUGAACUCUGAUCAGAGAUCAUACCACAAAGAAUCAGAAAUAUGACCUUUCGUCUUCAUGACCCCUUUGAUGACUUUAUUGUAGAACUCCUAUCCUUUAAGUGUUGGUUGUCAUGGGUAGAGAUACAUGUGAGUGCCAUAUUAAACCUUGACCCACUGCCCUAGAGCCAUGCUGUAGCCAAGGGCAGGUCAAGAAAAGAAAGUGCUUUUUGUUGGAAAUGCGAGGCCUUCCUGUAGGAAAACUUGAAAUAAUAUAGACUAUCUGUUUCAUAAUGUAGUUUAAAGUGAUAGCUUUAAGUAGUAUCAUUAUGCAAUACUAAGAGCUAGCCUGGGUGCCACACUUGUAAACAAAAUUUGCACAGACUAGUUUGUUAACCACAAGCUUGUAUAUUGAGUAGAACACAACACACUUUGUUUGGUGUGACUCACAGCAAUAAAAUUACUUUUACAUACAUAUAUAAUAUAUAUUUAUUUCAUUUUUCAUAAAGACGUACAAGUAUGGUACAUUUCAAUGUAUCAAGUAACGGACUGCUGGGUGCAACAAACACCAAAAUAGAUGCUGAAUUACUGCUAACGGACAAUGACUAAGAUGGCUCCCAGGCUAGCAACUAGCACAAUAACAAACACUUUAUUCAGUAGAAAUUGAGUAUACUGUAUAUAUUGAGUAUGUGAAACGGGUGAAAGAGAAUGAAUAAUGGUAUAGUAGUAUAUUUUUAAACUGGAUGAUGGUAGCUUUUUCCACAACAUCCCAUUAUUCAUACUCGAGACAAAUACUCUUCUAUAAGACUGUACACACACACACACAACAACACCACCACCACCACCACCACCAUACACAGAAAAACUCCAGUCUGAGUAUUAUUUUGCUUGAAAGACAUUAAACAUACAAGUGUUCAUCUUUUAAGUGUCGUUGCCUUUUGAGGUGAAAAGUUAUGUUUACUAUCUAGCAGCUACUGCUGUGAUAGUUCAUAAAGAUUGGUGGUAAAGUCGUGCAAUGACCUUUUGUUUAAAGAUACAAUGUGGGACUAUUAGCAUCUAGCGGUGAGACUGUGAAUUGCAACCAAUGGCUCAGUCCACAGCUCACCCCUCCUUUUUGAAAGGCAUAAGGUGUGUUCGACUUCAUGCGGCGCUGCGCAGAGGGAUCAAAUUCACCAUCUAAUUCACUUCAUUCGCGAUUAAAAAAAGAAAGAAUCACGGCACACACGUCACUAUGGCAAUCAGCAGGUGUCCGGCUUGACGGCUCCGUCUUCAGCUCCUCCCUUGUCUGCGAGCGGCAAACCUCGCUGAUCGGUCUGCAUAGCGCCUGAUGAACUCGAACACACCUAUAGUGAACCUAUGGUAGCCACCACAGGACAAACACCUCAUCGUCUGAGACUACGUAGUGACAAAACGUACUCUAUAGAACAGUUUGUCUGUUUAGGGCUACUGUAGAAACACGGCAUGGUGCGAAAUGGUGACUUCCAUGAAAGGGACCCGCAGUGUAUGUAGAUAAAAACUGCUCAUUCUAAGAGGAUAAAAACUAGUGUUGUAGUUCUCGAGACCGGUCUCGGUCUCAAGACCACUUUUUAAAGGUCUUGGUCUCGUCUUGGAAUCGACCAAAUUUUUACUUGGUCUCGUCUUGGAUUCAGACAAAGAGGACUCUGAAUUUUAUUUCAAGUCCGGUCAAGACCACAACUGAUGGCACAUCACAAAUUUAUUUUUUAUCAUUAAUUUUAUGCAGUUUAUUCAGGUUUGGCAUAUGAUGUUGGCAUUGUUUAAGCAUUGUUUAAGUUUCUC